AUGUCGGUGCGUGUCCCGGUGGUGGACCCAACGUACCAGAACGUAUACAGCGGCAAACACUACGCGAUGGCGACAUUUCUGUAUGACCUGGCGAUAUUUUUCUUCAAUAUCGCCUUCACGAUCUUCUUCCGAAAGAUACAUGUGCGCGGGACGUCGAACCUGCCUCCGCAGGGGCGGCCGGCGAUCGUGGUGUGCGCGCCGCACGCGAACCAGUUCGUGGACCCCACGCUGGUGAUGACACAGGUCAAGAAGUUGCCAGGGCAGCACUCGCGGCGGCCGUGUUUUGUCAUGGCGGCAGCGUCGUUCAAGAAGCCGCUUGUGGGCAUGUUGGGGCGGUGGACGGCCGGGAUCUCGGUGGACCGCGCGGCAGACCACCUCCGAGUGUGCGAGGAAAACAUGGUGCUGUACUGCCCAGACUACGACAAGGACCCACUGAGAUACAAGGUGCGGCCGAGGGACGGCGCGCGCGCGAUCCGGGAUGUGAGGGCGGUGUUUACGGAAAAUGGGCUACUGGGGCUGCCAGGCAACCUGGGCAGCGCGCAAAUCGCUGCGUUAGAGGCGCCAGACGCCAUUCGCGUGCAGCGGCCGUUUGGGCACAGCAGCGCGGUGCGCACGCUGCUAGAGCGCGGCACGGACUUUCUGUACGCACCGAAACUCGAUAACGGCACACUGUUCCAGGACGUGUUCAACCACCUGCAUACCAAGGGUCUCGUGGGCAUCUUCCCCGAGGGCGGCUCGCACGACCGGCCGUCGCUGCUGCCGAUAAAGGCCGGCGUUGCGAUCAUGGCCCUGCGGGCCGUCGCAGCCGACCCCGAGAUGGAGAUCAGCAUUGUGCCCUGCGGGCUUUACUACUUCCACCGGCACAUGUUUCGGUCGCGUGCUGUGCUUGAGUUCGGUGCGCCGAUCAUAGUGGAUGGAGCCAUGGGGCAGAAAUACUUGCAGGACCCGAAAACCACCGUCUCUGAACUGCUUGACCAAGUAGUAAAUGCAUUGUAUUCAGUUACUGUGAAUACCGACGAUUACGACAUACUGAUGCUUGUACAGGCGACUCGGCGGCUGUACCAGGCGGCGUGGGGGAAUAAACGGGUGCCGCUCGCCGCUGUAGUAGAGAUGAACAGAAAACUUUCCAUUGGGUAUACGAAGCACAAAGAACACCCGCGCAUCAAACACCUUAUGCUAGCGAUCAGGGACUACGACGCACAACUCUAUUCGCUCGGUCUCAAAGACCAUCAGGUUGACGAAUUACGCAAUCCUAAUGAAAAAGCGGUGUAUAUUAUAUUCUUAUUCCUCACCAGAUUAUUCCAUGUCUUGGUUUUCGCUCUGUUAUCACUGCCCGGUGCCCUGCUGUUCUCGCCAAUAUUCAUUACCUGCCAUUUUUAUUCCCAGAAGAAGGCGAGAGAGGGCCUAAAACGUUCGCUAGUGAAGAUCAAGGGCGAUGACUUGCUAGCGACAUGGAAGCUGGUGGUUGCAUUUUGCAUGACCCCUGCACUAUACGCCGUGUACGCCGCGCUGCUGACUUACCUCACGUUUAGCCACUUUCAUCCCUUAAUCUUUGCUAAUAAAAUUGGGACAUUCAUGUGCUAUUAUGUAUUACUAUUGGCGACCACGUAUGCAUCCUUUGUUAUUGGAGAAAUAGGAAUGGAUGUUUUCAAGUCCCUGCCGCCUUUGUUCAUCUCUUUGAUAUAUCCUUCCCAAAAGCUGCAGGAACUACGCGAGAUUAGAAAAAACCUAAGUGCGGAGGUAUAUGCAAUGGGUCCGGCUUUCUUCCCAGAUUUGGAUCGCUCCGACAAAUCAGAGAGAGAUUCUGCUGUGAACAGUGCGCCUGCCCAGCUGAUGGAGCCAGCAUUGGGCCCAGAAAGUCCGUUAUUACAGAGGUGCGCUACCACUACACAAUUGGCAUUUCGCAAUACCGUUUCUGCAUCGGGAAUAAUAGAAGCGCAGGCAAACGAUGUACCUGGGAAGGGCCGUGUGGUUACCGAAGAUAGUUGCUGGUCUUCCUCUAGCUAUUACGGCCAUGAAGCUGCAUCUUCAUUCAAGACUCCAGCGCAGGACGACCGGAAAUAG